GGGUAUUGGUCAAACAUUAUAGAUCCUCAUUUGGCUCAAUGCACUGCAAAUUUUAUUUUCAAAAGGAUACACUUUCCAAUUUCUCUUGAGCGGUAUGCCGAACCAUAUAAUAUAGUCGAAAGUGGAACAAUCGAUGAUAAAGUAAAUUUUUUAGCCCUGUCUCUGGAGCAAACUGAUACAAAUCAAUACACAAUAAAGGAAUUGGAACAUUAUAUUUCAGCUGUUCUAAAAAGUUAUUUAAAAAUCGAGUCCCAUCAUUGCACCGAAGCCUUUGAAAGUUGGAAGCAACAUGGGUACCAGUCGGCAGAUCGAACAAUUUUUGCAUUUUCAAAAGGACUUAUUCGCAGUAUAUGUCAAGGUCAUGACCAUUAUCUUAAUUUAAGUCAGCUGGAGGAAUGGCUGCAGAUAAAUCCUACAUUUCUCAUUAUAUGGAGAGAAGUAUUUAAUGGCUUAUAUAGCAGAAACUCCACAAAGCCUCUAAAAUCAAGCUGCUUUCCCUCCCCUAACAUCUUACCAGUUUUAGAAGGACUAGCCGUUGGCGCAAAUUAUACCCCAAUCUUAGACAUUCCACAUGUGAUUUUUGUGAAUAGUAAUUUGCCAAAUGAACAUCGAAACAAAUGGCGCUUUUUAUUCUCAUCACAAAUAAUGGGCGAAAGUUUUUCGACAAUGUUAGGAAAGAUAUUGAACCAAGGGCCUACUCUUUUGGUUAUCGAAGACGAAGAUCGGUAUAUGUUUGCUGGUUACAGUCCAGAGUCUUGGGAGUUAAAAUCACAUUUUUUUGGUAAUGAAAGUUCACUUCUUUAUACCUUGAGUCCAGCAAUGCGAUGUUUUAACAGCACGGGAUAUAAUAACCAUUACCAAUAUUUAAAUUUAAAUCAACAAACUAUGCCUAACGGAUUAGGAAUCGGUGGUCAGUUUAAUUAUUGGGGAUUAUGGAUUGAUAGUGACUAUGGAAUAGGACAAAGUAGCGAAUCUUGUACAACCUAUCGUGACUACGUCCAGCUUAGCAAGCGUAAAGAUUAUAAAAUACGCAAUAUAGAAGUUUGGGGAAUUGGUGACGAACCUAAAGAUGAAGACUCUGAAGAAGGCGAUGGCGGUGUAAACAAUUCGAUUUUGGAUAAAAAUUUAGAGGACAAAGUUAUGCUUCAGUUGGCUGGAAAAGAAAUGCAUUCGGAGGGCUUGCGUGAACCGGACAUGGAUUUGUGAAUAUACAUAUAUUGACUUAGGAUUAAGCUGAAGCUAAAAUUAAUUUAUUUACAAUUCUUUGUAAGGACUUUACACCAAUUAAAAAUGCUUUCAUAAAAUCUGUCAUAUUAA